AUGGUCAGCUCCUAUUGUGGUUCCGUCUGCCCUGACCAGGGCUGUAGCCUGGAGACCUGCUGCUGCCCCAGCUGCUGCCGCCCCAGCUGCUGCCAGACCACCUGCUGCAGGACCACCUGCUGCCGCCCCAGCUGCUGUGUGUCCAGCUGCUGCAGACCCCAGUGCUGCCAGUCUGUGUGCUGCCAGCCCACCUGCUGCCGUCCUAGCUGCUGUCAGACCACCUGCUGCAGGACCACCUGCUGCCGCCCUAGCUGCUGUGUAUCCAGCUGUUGCAGACCCCAGUGCUGCCAGACCACCUGCUGCAGGACCACCUGCUGUCGCCCCAGCUGCUGUGUGUCCAGGUGCUGCAGGCCCCAGUGCUGCCAGUCUGUGUGCUGCCAGCCCACCUGCUGCCGUCCCAGCUGCUGCAUCUCUAGCUGCUGCUGCCCCUCUUGCUGUGAAUCCAGCUGCUGCUGCCCCUGCUGCUGCCGUCCCUGCUGCUGCCUGCGUCCAGUCUGUGGCCGAGUCUCCUGCCACACCACUUGCUAUCGCCCAACCUGUGUCAUUUCCACCUGCCCCCGUCCCUUGUGCUGUGCCUCCUCUUGCUGCUGA